GACCUAUGGCUCAACCAUUCUCCAUCGCCCAAAUCGUAUCCCCUCCAGAAGAGCCUCCAGAGACCAUGGAUCUAGUCUGCGGCGGGUGUCGUGCAAACGGCCCAUGUGCAUGCGCAGAGGAGGUCCUCCGGUAUGCCGAUCUGGCCAUGAGCUGUGGAAAGUGCUCCCUGGGCACAAGGUGCGAGUGCCUGGAGAAGACUCUCGGGUCGUCCGUGACCGCUACCGAUUUAAAACGGCCGCUACCCCCGAAUUCCCCCUCAUCACCGGUCCAGGAGGAGAAGCGGCAGCGCUCAGAUGCUGGGCUUGCCAUGGAAACGGAUUUUACACACGUGUUCGCAUCGCAGGGCAAUAGGGAGCCCGCCUCAUCCCUCUGCAUGUGCGCUGACGCCGCCAUGAUGGCAUCCGCCGGGCCGCAGAUCACUGAGCAGACACAAACCCACACCCCGCCUCCGUCGGAGAACGACGUGGUCCCCUUGGCAGUCGAAGUCACAGCAACGGGCGCCAUCAAACUCCCCGGCCUACGCGACUUGCAACGCACUCGCGCUGCACCGCCUCACGCAGUUCCUGCAAGAGCCGGCGGCUGCGGUCCCAAUGGCCCCGGCACCUGCGAGCAAUGUCUCGCCGACCCAAAGUCAGGCCUGUUCUGCCGCUCGCUAGCCGCUAACUUUGAAAAGAACGCCAGCGCUGGAGGCAAUGGCGGCGGGUGUUGCGGCAACGGUGGGCCCGGCGGGUGCUGCAAAGCGGGCCAGAACCUAGACCCGGCCGGUGGCCGCAAUUCGGGUCCUUCGGCAAAUACCGCUGCCGGGAAUGGAAAAGCGGCUGUCGCCGACGGCACGGCAACGCCCGGCUCCGUCCUCAGCAUCCCCUGCGCCGAGGCCUACAAGACAUUGGCCAGCCACCGCCACUUUGACGAGGCGGCAGAUGACAUUGGAUCAUGGCUGCCGAAGCUCAAGGCCCUGCCUGCCCCGCGCCUGCCUCCUGCAGCAGGGGGUCGGGCAGGCUAUCUGGGGGCCAGGCGGGCGCCAAUCGAAGUGGAGGCUGCUAGUAUCAUGAGCGUGCUCAAGGAUUUUGACGUCCGUUUUGGGAGGGGUGAGUGAAUGGAGGAAGGGGGUGCAAAUCGCCGGGGAAGCGUGCUUGCGGAUUCCGGCGCAGGCCGGUUUGGUCAUGUGCUUUUUUGUCUGAUCGCUUUGACUGGGGAUUUCACAUCUGACAAUUCCUAAGGAAGAAGGAAAGGAGGGGAGGGAAGACGAGGGUAGGGGUGCACCCUGUGUCAUACUCAU